CCUAUGAGGCACUGCAUACAGCCAUGCGCGUUGCCUGUGCUUAGGGCACUAGCGCCUGACGACUUCUACCUUUCCGCGCCUGUUAGUGGCAUAGGCGCUUUCGCACACUCUGCAGCUAGCUGCGGGCCCUCAUGUUAGGAGACAAACCUAUUUAUAGAAAGGACGCUAAACAGUACUGCGGGCGUUUGGUUCGGAAAGCUUUCGUUCCCGAGGGUGCUGGACCUAAACGUCGCCAGUUCUUUACUGGAAAAGUUGUGGAAUGCCCGAUAUUUGACGGAGAGGUCUGCUACAGAAUUCUUUACGACGACGGUGACACUGAAGAUAUCGCCUGGGAGGAGCUUGUGCAGAUUAUGCUUCCCGAACCUGAGGCCGGUUCACAGUUGCGCAGGACACAAGCUCCCGGGUUGACGGACACCACCAACCGCCUGACCAAUACCAAGAAUCCCCAUCCCCGCGGCAAGGAGGACAUGGACGAAGGGCCAACGGCAAAAAAGCCUAAAUACGCCACGCCUUCAGCCUUGGGUACGGCCGGGGCAGGGCGUCCAGCAAAGGCGCAAGGUGCCAACCAAGUAUCUUACCUUGGCCUGUCGACCCCAGCCGUUAGCCUGGAAGCAGCUGCCACCGGUAUCAACGAGCAAGAGGCUCCGCGACAGGGCCGUGUACGAAGGCGGCAGGACACCCCAGACGAUGGCGCCGGAGGGGACGAGGCCGGUGGCGAUGGCGGGCAUGGCGCUGUGCCCCCGCCAUCAACGCGCGCGCGACGUGGCCAACAUGAGCAGCCGGGGCGACAGGAGGCAGCGGGAGGCAACAAGGAGGAAGAAGCACCUGCUGCGAAUGCUGGUGAUGCCGCUAGGCUGGAAGAGGUGCCUGCGCAGCCAGCAGCAGGUGGCUUCGUGGCCCGCACAAUUGGCUCCGCUGGACACAUUGCGCGCAUCCACCUGGAGAACUUCAUGUGCCACAAGCACUUCGAGCUAGACUUGGGGACGCAUGUUACACUGGUCAGCGGCCAGAACGGCAGCGGCAAGAGCGCCGUGAUGCAGGCCCUGCAAGUGUGUCUGGGCGUGACUGCGCGCAGCACGGGUCGCGGCAGCAACCUCGGCGGCUUCAUCCGCACGGGCGCGACGGACGCAAAGGUCCAGGUGACCCUCUGGAACACCGGCGACGAGGCGUUCAUGCCGCACCUCUUUGGUAGCCGCAUUACAGUGGAGCGCCAGAUAAAGAAGGCGGGUGCCUCGCCGUACGUGCUGCUGGACGAGCGCGGGCGCAAGGUGCAGCCGGAGCGCGGCGAGAAGCCCCGGGAGCUGCUUGACCGCAUCCUGGACCACUUCUGUGUGGACGCCUCCAACCCGCUCACCAUCAUCACGCAGGACAUGGCGCGGCAGUUCCUGUCAGCAUCCAAGGACGACGCGAAGUUGAAGUAUGAGAUGUUCAUGGAGGGCACUCUGCAGGAUAAGACGCAGGAGGAGCUGAAGGUGUCCAACGCCAACUGCGCCAUCAUCGCACGCACGCUGGAGAACAGCGCAGCGGAGCUGAACGCCGAGCGGCAGCAGAACGCCCAGUACAGGAGCAAGCUGGAGAAGCUCAAGAGCGCGGACAAGUUGGUGGAACACCGAGACCUGCUCGAGCGCGCUGCGGCCUGGCGGGCAGUGCAGCUUAUGGAGGGGCGCCUGGCGGUGGCCACCGCUGCUGCUGAGAGGCAGGGACCGGAGACGAUUGGGCUGUGCGACCGGCACCUGCAGGCGCUGGAGCGCGCCAAGCAGGAGCUGCUCGAGCGCAAGCGGCUGUUGGGUGAAGACAUGCAGCGCCACCAGGAGGUCAUCGACAACCACGGCAAGCACAUUAGGUCGCUGGUUAUGGCGGUGAACAGGGCUCACGCUGACAUGGACCGGGUUUCGCGCGACAAAAGGGGUGUGGAGCUCUCCAUUCGCACACUGGAGUCUGACAAACAGGCGCUAGACAAGCGCCUGGACGAGGAGACCGGCGGCAAGACGGCAGAGGCGCGUCGCCGCGUGGAGGAGCACCAGCGGGAGGUUACGGUCAAGCAAGCUGCGCUGCAAGAAGCGACUGAGAGGGCCAACGCUGCUCAGCAGGCGUUCGAGGCUGCUAGAAGCCAGCUGGAUAUCCUGGCGAAUGAACUGCAGGCCGCUCGCAAUAACGUGAUGACGUCCGAGAAGAAUGUGGCCAGUCACCGGAACGAACUGCAGCGGAUUGCAGCAGCCCAGGGCAACCGUCUGGCCAUGUUCGGGGCAGUGGAGCUCAACAAGCUGAUUGAGCGCUACGCACACAACUUCCGGGCGCGGCCAAUCGGACCCAUCGGCGCACUUCUCUCCAUCAGCGACGCAAAGUGGCUAAUGGCGGCGGAGGUGGCGCUGGGGGUCUGCUUCUCCGACUACCUGGUGAGCUGCUCACAGGACGCCACCCUGCUGCGUCAGCUCAUGGCCCAGGCCAAGUACGACCGCAAGGCUGCCAUCAUCACCACGCCGUUCGAUCGUCCGCUCCACACUAUCUCGCCUGCGCGACGGCCCGUCGGCGGCUUCGCGCCGCUGCUGGACGUGCUCGUGGUGCAGGACGCCACGGCGCAUGUGCAGGUCAUGAACUACAUCGUGGAUAAGUUCCACGUUGAGAGCAUGGCGCUGGUCGAGAACUCGCUCCAGGGCCGGAGUAUCAUGUACAGCGGGGCUGCGGGACAGCACAUUAGCGUGCUGGUCGACAUCGAGGGCAACUUCUACAAGGGCAACAAGGACAUGUGCUAUGUAGACAGGAACUGUAACCCAAGGCGGCGGUGCCGACUGGUGGCGGACCUAUCCCAGUACGCUACUGAGGUGGAACGCGACCUGGAGCGCUACGGAGCGGAGUUGCAGGCUCACAAGGAAGACCUGUUGAACCUGCAGCACCGCCACCGGGAGGCCCAGAUGCUGGUGACGCAGCGCGACCAGGAGAGGAAGAGACUGCUUGCGGAGAAGAUUCGCGCCAAGACCGACCUGGAUCGCACUGUGACGGCAGCGCCGGAGAUGCCUAACUUUGACGACGACGAGCAAGCCACCGCCGUGCUGAGUCAGCUGUCCGACAUACAGAAAGAGGUGUUGGAGCUGCAGGCAAGCCUGCAGACCGCGGAAGAGACGCUGGCACUCGCUAUGCAGGCACACGAUCAGGCAGUCCAGCUGGCUACGGCGGAGAAGGAGCGGUUCCAGGAGCAGGUGCAGGAGGGAGACCGCUUGCGGCAGGCGUUGACUGAUGUGGAGCAGCAGCUUACGGAGGUUGCCAACUUGCACAACAACACUCUGACUCGGCGCGAGCAGGCGGUCUCCGGGCUUGAGAAGCUGCGGCAGGCGGUGGAGGCGGCGGACAGGAAGGUGCAGGAGGCCGUAGCCGCGGCCACUCAGGUUUGCAGCCGUGCCGACGGCGAGCAGGCGCUGGCGGACGCGCUGCCCGUGAUGAAGGAGGAGAUGGCGCGGCAGCUAAGCUCGCGGCGGACGCGAGCAGAGUUUGCCAAGAUGAGCGAGGAGCAGCUGCGCAAGGUGGAGCGCGCGUCGCUGGCGAGGAACAUGGAGUACGAUGGUCUCGUGCGGCAUCUGGAGCGCGUGAACGGCAACAUCGCCAAGGUGGAGAAGGAGGCCGGCUGCGACCUGCAGGAGCUGGAGAUCCGCCUGGCGGACUCGGACAGGACGGUUGAGCGCAAGCUCGCAGUCCACCGCCGUAUCGAGAACACGGUGCGGCUCUUCUACGCCAACUACCAGCGGCAAGUGCAGUACUUUGAGAAGAACCGCGCGCACAUUGAGCACAUCACCAUGCACAAGUUCGAUCGUUACCUGCGCCGACGCGACCACACGGGCAGGCUGGUGUUUGACCACACCGAGCGCACCCUCAAGCUCCUCAUCAAGCCGCGCGGCAAGAACAACCCCCACGUGCAGGCGGUCGAGGACUUGAAGCAGCUGUCGGGUGGCGAGCGCUCCUUCACCACGGUGGCCUUCCUGCUGGCCAUCGGCGCCAGCACGGAGAGCCCCUUCCGCUGCAUGGACGAGUUCGACGUCUUCAUGGACGCCAUCAACCGCCGUGUCGCCACGGAGACGCUGCUGGAGUUUGCGUACGAGAACCCCGCCUUCCAGUACAUCUUCCUCACGCCGCAGGACAUCCAGGCGGUGGAGGACGCGCGCCAGGAGAUGAUGAAGAAGCGCAAGGUGCACCUGUCAUCCGCCUUCCUGAGGACCGUGCAGCUGCGGCCCGCACGCGCGAACGGCACGCAGGCCUGAGAGGGUGUUGGAGUAAGGGCCUCAUUGCGGGCCGGAUUAUGUGGUAUGUCUGAAACGGUGGAGGGGGCUGUUACGGUGGUGCAUGCGGCCUUACAGCGUGCAUGAUCAUUGGACUGGUGGCAGCAUUUUGACGGCGCGGUGUGAGUGAGAUUGGGAGGUUGCUGCUAGUGUGGGCUGUACCAUUUUACGUCAGCCUUUUACAAAGUGGCAGGUGCACCACUGCAUUUGCGCCUGCUGGCGAGCAGCCACAGGCGUCAGCAUCAACGCGAGGUUUUGGAUCAUUACGGGACUUAUUUGGGCUGUUAGGUAAUGGGCGGAGGUGGAUAACCUCUUUCGUGUUUGUUGGGCCUUCGCUAGGUGUCUUUUAGUAUGGGCAUUGGUGGAAUGCGUCCAAGGCAUGCGUCGCAUUUCUCAGCUUUACGGAUAGCACGCAGGAGUUGUAACGCGGGGGUGCGCAGCCGCACUCCACGCACCCGGCAGACACUCUGUUUAGUACCGCGGGCCGUGUAGCACCCUAUCGGAGUAGGGCGAUGUAGGGUGCAUGUGUAUUGACCUAGACUAUACGAAUUAUUGUAGCACGUGAAAAGCUAGUUCACGCCUUUAGUCAUCUUUUCUCAGGAGCACUGCCCCCUCAAGAAUUUGGGAGCAACGGAGUGUUUACCCCAUGUGGCGGGUUUUGAGUGCUGUAGUUCACCUUGUAUAGCUAUUACGGGUAAGUAGCGAAUCUUAACGCUUUGGUCUCAAGCAGUAAACCGUUUUUUGGUAGCGCAAAUACGUGUAUUGUUGCAGUACGUUGUGUUGAUGCGCACGAUUUUGAACUAGGGCGAAAUCUAGGCUUCUGCCUGUGUUGUCCUGCACUUUGGUCUGUGGCUCUUGCCAGUACAGACGAAGGGAUUAAGUAUACUGGUAUAUCACGUGUGCGCACUUGCUUCAAUGCUUAAUAUCUCCACCCCGGUAACACAGUGAUGGCUGUUUCCAACGUGUAGGUGCACCGAUGAGUUGGGUGCCGU